AUGUUUCAUUAUAUUGAGAACCAUGAGGAACAAUUGGAAAUUAAUAAUGAAGGCUUGAUAGAAUACAUGCAGGCAAAUACACAUGGAGAAGAAUUUGCUUUUAUACUGUUCCUUGGUGUUUCUAGUUCUCAUAAGUCCAGAAUUGCAACAGAUUUUUCAAGAGUUCAGCAUCAAAGUUUCCCGCUCUACAAUGGCCACACAGAUGGAGCGUAUGUUUCAUAUAUUGGGAGAUACAAUGAUUUGGUCAACAGAUUCAACAUACAACAAGAAGUUAAUGAUCCGCAUUUAUUCCUAGUUGAUGUUCAAGGGUUCACCGCUAAUACGAUAAAAACAGAGACUCUACUUGCACUUCUUAUGCCAUUAAUUUCCCAAUGUUCAUCAAUUGUUUUCUUUCAGCAAAGUUUCACAGACUUAUCAUUUCUUCCAAUGAUCGAAUACAUCUAUCAUCGUGCAGAAAGAUCAAGUCUGAUUAUUAAUAUCACAGGCUUUGAAGAAAGAAUUGCUAAUUUAGAUGUCAGAAGAAUAAUUAAUGACACUCAAAAUUCACAAAUUAGUAAUGAACUUCAUGAACGCAAUAUGGCAUUUUCUAUUGUCAAUUACUGUGAUCAAACUUCAAACUUGUUAUAUAGAAAGAUCAUGGAUGGAGCAAGAAUUCAUUUCAGAAGAGAUCAGAAUGAAUUUUUUGAUAUGUUAAAUAACCCAUUACUUAUUGAUCCCCAAGAAAUCUUCCGUAUUUCUAAUCCAAUCGAAUACGGUAUUUAUGAAGGUCUUUUGCAUACAAUGACAAGGGAAUUAUAUAAUUUAUUUAUUAGAUAUAGAGAUUUAAGUACAAUUGAAACUAUUGACAGAUUAGAAGCAGAAUACAAUAGAACAUAUGAAGAUUACUGUCAACAAUUUCAACCUUCGUUAAGAGUUAGAAAUAUCAUUAAUGUAAAAAUAACCAACAUAUUACAAAUCAAAAGACAAAGAGUAUUGUUACUGCAACAGCAGGCAGCAGAUAAUGAAAGAAAUGCCCAAGAAAGAAGACAAAAUCAAUUGGCUAUAGAGCAAAGAUUACAACAAAUUGCCCAUGAAAUAACUGAGAUAGCUAACAAUUCAAGACUGCAAUUAUUAGAAUCUAUUGGUACAGAAGAUAUAACUUUGAUUAAUAAUGUUGUUACGGAACUUCGUUUGGAACUAAAUAACUACAUUAAUCGCAUCAAUAAUUUAGGAGAAAAUUACAUGAACUUAGUAAGAAAUCACAAGGAUCAUAUCAUUAAUAAAUUCUCAACAAUAAGAGAUGUGUUUAGUGCUUUAUUAAGAGAGAAAAAUAGAAAGAAAUGGAUUGAAAGAUUCAUCAUAAUUGCAAUUAUCGCGGCUUCAAUUGCUCUUGCAUGGUGGUAUUUUGGAUGGGCAAAUCCUCUUCCAGCAAUAAAAAAUCUUCUUAUCAAAUCAAAAGAUUAUACAAAACUAAUUUAUAAUAAAAUACCAGAUGAUAUUCCAGAAAAAGCAAUCUCAUUAGUAAAUGAUUCGAAAAAAAUGGAAGCACUUAAAAACAUCCAAAUUGUUGCUAGCAUUUUAGGAGGAAUAGCAGUUACUGCAUAUAGUUUUUGCCCUUCAAAGAUUUGCGCAAUUUUCUCAUGGUUUAAAGGGAUGUGGGAUAAAGCAAUGGAGAUAAUUGGAUUGAGAGUAAACUUGGAUCAAAUUAAUGAGUUAUUGCAUCCUUUUGAAGAAUACAAUUAUCUUGAUAAUUAA